UAUACACUAACAGACAUAAUCAUACACUAGCAUGCUAAAGCUAAUCAUACACUACCACCUUUUAUAUGAGUUGCUUCCACCUUCUGGAGAUGUAAUAAUAACAUACCAUUACCCAACUCCCCUGUCUCAAGCUAAGUACUUAUUACAAUCCGUAUUUUGAAAAGAAAAUAUGAAAUCCAGUCUCUAUCUUCACCUUGUAAUUCUCAGCUUCCAUCUUCUUCUUCUUCUUCAUUUCACCAUCAACAAAGUGCGAGCUCUAGACACCAACAACAACACUGACAGACAAGCUCUCCUCUCUUUCAGACUCCAAAUCUCUGACCCUCAAAAUCUCCUUUCUGGCUGGACCAACCACAUUUCCACCUCCCACUGCACUUGGUUUGGUGUCUCAUGCACCACUGAUCACAACCACAGAGUCAACUCAAUUCACCUUCCCGGACUCGGCCUCUCCGGCACCCUCUCCCCUCACCUUUCUAACCUCUCUUCCCUUCAAAAACUAAACCUUUCCCGGAACAAUUUUUAUGGCCAAAUCCCAAUUGAGCUGGGCCGACUCUUUCUCCUCACCCACUUCAUCCUUGCUGAAAACUCGAUUACCGGUGCAAUCCCGGCCAGUCUAUCCCAAUGUCAGAAUCUCAGAGUCAUCAGUUUGGGCUUUAACAAACUCACCGGUCACCUUCCACCCGAACUUGGUGCUCUGCCAAGGCUGCAAGUUCUUGAUGCCUCCGGGAACAAUCUCACUGGUGUCGUCCCACCAACAUUUGGAAAUCUCUCUGCUCUUACUGUUCUUUCCCUGGACUCAAACAAUCUCUCUGGUCCAAUUCCAAACCAAAUUGGCCAUCUUUCUAAUCUACUCUCCAUUCAGCUCUCUGUUAACCAAUUUUCUGGUGAAUUCCCUCUUUCCAUCUUCAACAUCUCUUCAUUAGUCUACUUAUCGGUCGCGAAAAACAAUUUGUAUGGACAUCUGCCCGGUGAUAUGGGGUUUAGACUUCCCAAAAUUGAGCAACUCCUUCUGGGUCAAAACCAUUUUCGAGGAUCAAUACCUGAGUCAUUGUUCAAUGCUUCAAGUAUACAAUUUCUCGAUCUUCCUUCAAAUCAAUUUCAAGGCUCAAUUCCUUUGCUCAGGAAUAUGAAGAGUCUGACUCAUUUAAAUCUGGGUGGUAACAAUCUCUUUUCAACUACAGAGCAAAACUUCCAUUUCUUUGAGUCCCUCUCAAACUGUACCCAAUUACAGGACCUCAUACUCAAUUCCAACCAACUGUCCGGUGAACUUCCCACUUCACUUUCAAACUUGUCCACUGUUCUAAUACGCUUUUGCAUCGACAACAAUCUUUUCACUGGUAGUUUCCCCAUAGGAAUCGAAAAGUUUCAAAAUCUCAUGACCAUGUCCAUAGAGAGGAACUUUUUAACAGGUCCGUUACCACACUCCAUCGGGGCACUUCACAACCUACAACUUUUGUCUCUACACAUAAACAACUUCUCUGGCGAAAUUCCCGAUGUCUUUGGCAAUCUCACCAAGCUUUUUGAGCUCACAAUGGGAGCAAACCAGUUCUCAGGAAAAAUUCCCACUACUAUAGGUCGAUGCCAGAGACUAUCCAAGCUAGAUCUGGCUUGGAACAGUCUUGUUGGGACUAUUCCAAUGGAGAUUUUCAGGCUUCCCAUUCUGAAUUAUUUGUAUUUAGCACGAAAUUAUCUGAAUGGUUCACUUCCCAUUGAGCUUGGCAGCAUGACAAAGCUUGAAUUCAUGGAUAUUUCUGACAACCGGUUUUCUGGAAAUUUACCAGAAACAAUUCAAGGCUGCAUAAGCAUGCGUUUUCUAAACUUGUCGAGAAACAAUUUAACCGGUUUCAUUCCAAACUCAGUGGGGAAAUUAAUAGCACUAGAAAGUCUGGACCUCUCUUUAAACAAUCUGUCAGGUCCAAUACCUGACAAUUUAGAGAAAAUUUCCGCCUUGCAAAAAUUAAAUCUGUCUUUUAAUGAUUUAGAAGGACAAGUUCCUAGGAAUGGUGUCUUCAUUAACCUUGAAUGGGAUUCAUUUCAAGGGAAUUCUAAACUAUGUGGAAAUGACAAAGAUGCUGCUCAAAGGCUAAAAGUCCCCGAGUGUUCCGCACGAAGGAAAUCAAGUAGACAUUUGUCACUCAAGAUCAUCAUUGUGUUGGUCAGUUCCAUAGUUUUCACGUCUGCAAUGUUCUUGAUAUGGGUAUUAAUUUUCCAGAAGAAGAAAAAGAAAAUGCACAGAGCAGGCAUAUCUUCGCCUUCAAUCAAGGGGUUGCCACCAAAGAUAUCGUACUCUGAUAUCCAGCUUGCUACAAAUGGUUUUGCAACAGAAAAUUUGGUUGGAAAAGGAAGCUUUGGGUCGGUUUAUAAAGGAGUGUUUGGCACGACCGCCAUAGCUGUAAAGGUUAUUGACUUGCAACAGAGCAAAGCUUUGAAGAGCUUCAAUGCAGAAUGUGAAGCUUUGAGGACUGUUCGACACAGAAACCUUGUGAGAGUUAUCACUUCAUGCUCUAGCAUCGAUCAUAGGGGUGGUGAAUUCAAGGCCUUGGUUAUGGAAUUCAUGUCUAAUGGAAACCUAGAUAAUUGGUUGCACCCAAAAGAGUCUUAUCAAUCACAGAGGAAUCUGAGUCUGAUCCAGAGAUUAGAUAUAGCCAUAGAUGUAGCUUUUGCCUUAGAUUAUCUCCACCAUGAUUGUGAACCACCCCUCGUCCAUUGUGAUCUAAAACCUCCAAAUGUCCUCUUAGAUGAGAAUUUGGGAGCUCAUGUUGGAGAUUUUGGAUUGGCAAGGUUUCUUAAUCCAAAUUCACCAGAGAAGAUAAGCAGCACAAUUGGGCUAAAGGGCUCAAUCGGUUACAUUCCUCCAGAGUAUGGUUGGGGAAACAAAGUCUCAACCAGUGGGGAUGUCUACAGUUUUGGUGUCCUGCUUCUUGAGAUGUUUACAGCAAAGAGACCUACUGAUGAGAUGUUUAAGGAUGGUCUAGACAUCAAUAAUUUUGCAUCGGCAAUGCAACAGAAUCAAGUUUUGAAAGUUGUCGAUGCUAGGCUUUUUGAGUAUAACAAUGACUUGUCAGAGGGUGACACGAGCACUUAUAGCUCUUCAGUCGGUGGUGGCGACAGCAGCAUCACGAGUAAUACUAUUUGCAACUGGGACAGUAAAAUUGAACAGUGUCUAGCAGCUGUGAUUAGAGUUGGGUUGUCUUGUGCAGCUAAUUCAGCCGGUGAUCGUCUCACCAUGAGAGAAACCUUGGCAAAGCUGCGUGAAAUCAAGAAAGUCCUGGGAUAGCAAGUCCAUUUUGCCUUUCUUAUAGAUGUUGUGCAAUUAAGUUUAUUUUGGUUUUUUAGUGUUGAACAAUACUGGCAGCCAAAAUUCUUCUGCAGCUUGCCUGGCUAAUGUAAUGUAUCUGAAACAAAUGUUGGGUAUACCUCCUUAUUGGAGUGUGGGACCCAAUUGGUUUAUUAAAAGUGUUUUAUUUGGUUUAGUUUA